CAGUCUUGAACGAAACGUGAACGUGAACCAAUUAACGAAAGCGGCAGCAUCAUUUUAGCACACAAAAAAGAAACAAAAAAAUGUUUUCAAAAAUUUUAGAUGUGAUGACUGACUGCAUAAAAUACAAACAUAAAUAAUUCAAAUGUAAUACAGCAAGAGAAAAAAAGAGCAAGAAGCUGGACAAAGUGACGCGUGACCCGCCUACAGAGCUAUCGAUCAAACAAUCGAUCCGAUCCGAUCCGUUCCGUUCCGAUCCCACCGACCGAUCGGGCAGCCAACCAGCUAACAGUGCACAGUUCGUACAAAAAAGAGGAGAAAAAAAACAGACAUACACACAUACACAGAGACACAUACAGAACAAUAAAAAAAAAACAAAUAAAACAAAAGGCAAAAUGUACAAAGCAACGAAAAGAAAACUGAAGACGACGACACGAGCGUAAAUCAUUUUAGCAUGAAAAAAUUCUAUAAAACUAACAGACACUGUGUGGUCGAACAUCAUUCGUGUGCGCUACACAGAGAGGCAGCCCAAAGCCAAAGCCAAAACCAAAACCAAAGCCAAAGCCAAGAUAGCGCAGCCUGUCAGUCGGUUAGUCAGUGAGUCAGCGAGUCGAUUGGACGGACAGUCAGUCAGUGAUUUUGAUUGAUUAUUGGUACCCCAAACUCGAAACUGAAAAUUCAAACAACGAGCAGUGUCCAGUGCUCAGUUCCCAGUUCCCAGCUCCCAGUGCCCAGCAUACACUUACACACACAUUCAGUUAUCUGUAUCUGUAUCUAACAGCGGCCGGCAGAUAGCAGACAGCAAUCAGCGAGCAGCAGCAGCAGCAACAGCAACAGCAUCCAUUCAGUCAGUCAGCCACUCAGUCAGUCUCAUCGGUCAGUCUCGUCACAAGAGUCAGAGUCAGAGUCAGCUCACUCUCCCGCUGGCUGGAGGAUAUCUUUGCGCGGCGCUUUAGUUUCAGUUCGCAUUUGGACGCGUGCUGGUGCGGCCUCGCCGAGAGAGAACAAAUCGAAAAAGAAAAAUAAAUAUUGAUACGGAACAGUGUGCGAAUACUUAUAGCUGCGAAUGUGUCGCGUAUUAAACAAUCAAUUUUCAACAAAUAACUCAUACAUAUGAAUACAAGUACAAGUACUUGAAUUAUACACGUGUCUGAAGUUCAGUGACAAACCUCAAUCUUUAUUAAUUAAUAUAUAUUCAAAAUAUAUAUACGCUAUACAAGUGUACAUCAACAUAUAUAAACAAACGUGUAUAUAGAAAUCGUGUAAUAUUUGUUCAACGACGAAAUCAAGCAACAUUUAUCAACAUUUACAUAUGACCCGAAAAGUUCACGCAACGUAUUUUCAAUAAAUCACUUAAUUAUUGUGCGACCGAGUUUUAGUUGCUAUCUCUGUAACAGAUCAUAGCGAACUUAUCUUAUUUGACAUCAUAUAAAUAAAUUUCAUAUCAAUAUCUAAAACAACAACAAAAUGAAGCUGUUUGCAGUAUUCUUGGCAUUUACGCUCUGUGCUUUGACGCUGGUGCAGUGCCUCAGCCUGCCCGAUCCAAAUGUGAAGUGUGCCAUGGACUGUGAGAUGCAGGAAACUAAUUACUUAUGCGCUGCCGAUGACAAGGGGACUACCAAAACCUAUCGCAAUAUUUGUGUCAUGAAAACGGAGAAUUGUCUGCAAAAUGCAAAUUUUCAAAAGAUCAGUGACAAGGAGUGUCCAUAGAUGCUAAACAAAGAUAAUUUUGACAGUGCGCAGUAUCAGAAUCAGAUGGAGAACUUAAAUAAUGACAAUAGCUCUUUAAGUUGUUGGUUUCUUUUCUUGCGUGGUAUUUGUGUGUGAUAUUUUUAAGUUGUACUUCAGCAGAAUACAAAACACGCCCCCCCCCUCCUACUUCCUCCACCUGCUCCCCGGCAUCACACCCAAGCGUAAUGCAUAUUGAUAUAUACAUCUAUUUUGUAAUUAUUAAUUUUAAAUAUUUAAUAAAGUAAUAUACAAAUACUUACAGUAAA